CUGGACGAGUGGCGGCUGAAGCGGGAAGACUGUCAAUGUACCCGGUAACUUGAACUACUAAGUGACAGCUCUUCGUAGCGUAUUCAAAACGCCACAGCUUUGUCUUAGCAUAUGUAUGGCGUCGCUGAAUCACCUACAGCGGUGACGCUGAAUCAACAAGUGGAUUUGCAAUGGCCUCUCAAGGUUGGCAACAUCCGUAUGUCAACAUUUUUAAACAUGUUAAAGUAGAAGAAUGGAGAAAGUCGGCAAAAGAAGGGGAUGUCUCCACAUACACGGACAAGACAAUCAAAUGUUCGGUGUUCCGUAUCCGGAGUUCUUUUACUGCCAACAGCUAUAUCCUGGUACCAAAAUACAGCCAUCAGUCUUUAGGACUGACAGGGCGGUAUUUUUAUCUCCUCUUCAAGCCUAUACCGAGCACUUACUUUGUGGUCCACCUGGAUGUUGCUGUUAAGGAGGGCCAAGUGGUUCGCAUCUCCUUCUCGAACAUGUUCAAAGAAUUCAAGUGCUCACCAACAUCGAUUCAGCUUCCUUUUGUUUUUGAAGAAUCAUUUGACGUAGAACAUGAAGCUCCAGGUGUUGUUGGUCAAACUCCGACCAAAGUACGUUGGAUCUGUCUGACCUUGGAUCUGCAGCACACACUCUCUGCCUUCAUCAACUGCUCCUACAAUUACUUAAAGACCAUCAGACUCUGUUCCAACAUGUCCGUUAAAAACAUGUUUACCAGUCAUCUCCAGCUUGAUCCUGGUCUUUCCUUCAGCGAAGCAAAGAUUAAAGGUCUGAAAUGUCCUUUGGGGUCUGCGCCGAUGCCAAGGGAUAUGGUGUUCCCUGUGCCCAAAGGAAGACAAUGGCAUGAAAUCUAUGAUUAUAUCAGGUUUCCCUUGGAUGAAGCAAAAGUGCCCAUUAAGUCCAUUCAGAAAAGAAAACCCACUCUGGCUUGUGUAGUUGUUCCCGCCCACUCAUCUCCCUGUAAUGAGGACCCUCACUGUGUCGGAGAUGGCGAAUCACGUCAUGAUUCUGUGUCGGCCGUCAAGCAGCUCCCACCCCCUACAUCUCCUCAACGGAUGAAUCAUGGAGACAACUGGCUCAUUUAUGAUGAUGAUGAUGAUGGUGAUCAGGAUUCAAGGUCCAACUGGUGCCCGCUAACCUCCAGACCUCCCUGUAAUUCAGAGGGUGAUGGCAUUCAUGUGUACGUUCACCCGGAUGGAGAAACCUUAGAAGACAGUGUGGAAAGUGAAGAGGAGGUAAAGUUGGCGUCUGUCCCUGUUGCUGCUGAAACAGCCUUCUGUGAGGAAACAGAACAAAAACUGCAACCUGACCCUAUUCUAAGACUCAGUCGAAUCAUUGGCUUUGGAGGGGCAACUACCAAUUCUGUACUGUGGACUAAAUCAGGAGAUUCUGUGGUAUAUCCAUGUCAUGCAAUCAUUGUUUGUAUGAAGAUUUCUACAAAAGCACAACGAUUUUUCAUCGGUCAUACUGAUAAGGUGAACACAAUGGCCUUGAAUGGUGAAACAACUUUACUGGCUUCGGCACAGACUGGCCAGCAUUGUGUCAUUCGCGUGUGGAACUUCAACAAGGGAUGCUGUCUGAGUGUGUUUAGGGUUCGGGCUCAUGUCAUUACCUCACUAAGUUUCUCAUAUGACGGCGGCAUUCUUUGUGGCGUUGGAAAGGACGGACAGCAGAAAACAUUGGUUGUGGUGUGGAGCACAGUCACUGUAAAACAUGGACAGGUGAACAUCCUUGCUAAGUCACACGUUGCGGUGGACAUCCAUACCAUGAAGGUCGACCCAUUAGAUGACAAAAGGAUGGUGUCAUGUGGUCGUGACAAUAUUCGUUUUUGGCGACUUCGAAACGGAACACUCCGGUCAUGUCCAGUUGAUAUCAAUGGACAUCACUUAUCGGACAUUACAGAUGUGGCGUUUGAGGAAGGCAAACUUGGGGAUGAACGUACACUAUUUGCAAGCAGUAGGAAUGGUCACAUUAUUGAAAUUAACUACAACAGAUCUACUGUUAAACAUGUGAGAAGGUUAUUCUCUGCACCAAAGCAGGGAACAAAGAACGAGGAGCAGCUGACUUUCAAUGCAGGUCCAGGCAUCGCCAUCACCAGUAUCAGUGUGUCCUCAUCGUUCUGCGCCACAGGCUCUGAGGAUGGCGUCCUGCGGCUCUGGCCCCUUAAUUUUUCUGCAGUCUUCUUGGAAGCAGAACACGAGGGACCAGUAAGCUUGGUGUCCAUUUCACCAAAUGGCCUUCUGGUCCUGGCUGCCACAGUAACUGGUGUCCUGGGAUUCCUUGAUGUGAGCAGCCGCGGUUACAGCACACUGAUGAGGUCCCACACAGACACUGUACUUGGUUUCAGUGUGGAUGGUAUUCGCAGACAUCUUACGACUGCUUCCUCUGACGGAACAGUGCGUGUUUGGAGUAUGGAUUCUCUGCAUCAAUUGUAUGAUUUUGUGUCUGAGGACCAUCCCUGCUCAGUGACCUUUCAUCCCAGCGAGCAAGUCUUCUCUUGCGGCUUCACAUCUGGUGUCGUUAGAAUAUUUGACAUCUCCACCGCCAAACUUUUGGCUGAGCACAAGCAGCACAGUGGUGAAGUUGUGGGUCUUGCUUUCUCACCUAAUGGAGACUUGAUGUACAGUGCCGGCAGCGAGGGUUCUUUAGCUCUCUACGAUGCCUGUGAGGAGCAGCACGGCGUGGUCAGGGUUGCGUGUGAUGUGGUUGCACAAGGAACUCUGCAUGCUCCGGAGGCUCUCACUGUGAGCAGUGACGGCUGCUGUCUGGCAUUUGUGGGACCCACGGAGCAUAUUGUGACCAUUGCUGACGCACAUUCUCUGGAUGAGUUGCAUCAAAUACAAGUCAGCAAUUUGGAUGUGCACAGCGCCAAAAUGGAUUCUGCACUCAAGCUCUGCUUCUCUCCGGCCUCAGCAGAGCAUUUGUUGAUAGCCACGUCAGCGAACGCUGUCCUUUGGGUGAGCACCAAGAUGGCACAGGUGCUCCGGAAGAUUUCCAAUGUGCACAAACACCAGUGUUCCUCCAUGGCUGUGAGCAAAGCCAGUCAAUUCUUGUUGACAGCUGGACAGAACACUCUUAAAGUCUGGCAUUAUCACAUGACCCAUUUACACCCACAGACAUUUAUAGGUCCCAGUCAGCCUAUCAAGCAGGUGAGCUUUACCCCUGACCAACUGGGUGUCAUCUCAGUUGGUGAUGCUAUAUUUCUUUGGGAUUUUCUGGCCGCCCCUACUUCCCUUUUGACCUCUAAGGGAUCGCCACUCACAUUGGACUCAAUCUCUGCAGCCACAUCAGACAGUAUAAAUGGAUAUCAAGUUUCCAAUGGAGUUCCUCGGCAGACAGCUCCACUACCGGCUUCAUCCCCACCGCGGCUUGAUACGGACAAUGUUGAUCACCGUGGUUCCAUUGAAUUGACAUCUGACCAGCGUGGAGGCCACUUGAUUAGUACACAGACUUCAACAUCUGCUCCAGUCACAGAUGCUGGCCCAGGUUCAUCUCUUCACUCUCAAUCCUUCCUCCCAGUAACAGAGCUUCCAAGCGCCACUCCCAAGAAUACCACUACAACCAGUAUUGCUGAGGCUCUGAGAAAGAAACCACAUCGUCCAGAUUGCUACAUACACUUCAUCCCAUGUUCAAAGUCUUUGCGAUCUGAUCAGGCCACGGUGGCUUCUCAACAAGGGGAAGAAGGUUUAAGGCUGCAUACAGUGAUUGGAUACAACAGCAAUGGGCGUGGCAACAUGAUAUGGAGUCCAGAGCAAGGAUUAUUUGCAUACUCGUGUGGGAGUGUAGUGGUGAUUGAAGACCUGAACACCGGCCGUCAGAGACACUUGCAUGGUCACAGAGAGGAAGUCUUCUGUCUGGCGAUAACAAGUGAUGCACAGAUGUUGGUGUCUGCAGCAUGCGCUGGUCACCAGAAGUUGAGCAACAUAUGCAUUUGGGAUGUCCCGACUGGUUUAUGCUCCAAGUCCAUCUCCCACCACGGUGGGGCUGUGCAGAGUUUGACUUUCUCCAGAGAUGAUCGAUUCCUUCUCUCUAUUGGAGACUUUUCUAAUCCAGAACUGGCCCUGUGGAGUUGCUGCACCGGCCAGAUGUUGUACAGUGUGAGUGUGUCGGGGUCGGUUCAUGCUGGAGCCUUUAGCCCCACAGCAGCCAGCCAGAUGGCCUGUGUCGGUAGCAGAGGAGUUUACUUCGGCCUUCUCCACAGCCGGGGCCUUCAGGUGGAAAUGAAACUCCAGGGUGUGAGAACACCUGCAGCACUGGGCAAAGUGGAGAUGACUGCACUCUGUUACCACACAGACUGUCUUCUGUUCACAGCCACCAACAGAGGACAUGUUUGUGUGUGGGAUAUCAAGACUCAUACCUGCUUCAAGACCUGGGAGGCUGAUGAAGGAGAAAUUGGAAUGCUGCUGUGCAAAGGGAACCGUCUCUUGACAGGCAGCAGUACCCAGUGGUUAAAGCUGUGGGAGGUCGAGGGCGUGGAGCCUCAAGAAAAGGUCUCCUAUAAAAAGCACAGUUCCAACAGUGAAACUCCUGUGGUUCUGAAGCAACACUCCCUAGACGGCGCUAUAAUCAGUGCUGCAUUCGAUCACACGAUGGAUAUGGGCAUCGCAGGCACCACCGCUGGGACAUUGUGGAACGUCCACUGGUCACAGAAUAGUGUUUUCAGGCUGGUCACUGGCCAUGAUUCAAAGGUGAAUGAAGUGGUGUUCAGCCAUGAUGAGAGCCAUUUUGCCACCUGCACUGAGGAUGGCCGUCUGAGGGUUUGGUCCGCCCCGAGCAAUGAACUGACUGUGGAAUUUCAAGUUCUUAAGCAGUCAUGCCGCUGUGUGAGCUGGAGUCCGACCUCUGUGGCCUCCAUAUCAUUGGCAGCAGGAUACAGUGAUGGAACGCUUCGCCUCUUCCAGCUCUUUCCUCCAGACAUGAAGAUUAAAGUAAAGCCAUAUGAUGUGGCUGUUUCAGCCAUCCAAUUCUCUGCUGAAGGUCAUGUGAUCCUGACAGCAGGAAUAAAUGGUCUGAUUGUUGUUCACUGUGUCAUCACCGGUAAAGUUAUACGUCUGUUUAAGGACCACCAGGGAGCUCAGAUCAGUAGCCUUCAGUGUGUGAAUGAGCAGUGUAACCUUGCUGGAUUUGAGGGAAACGAAAUGUGGUUGGCAGCCAGCGCGGACAGACGUGUCAGUGUAUGGGCAGCCGAUUGGUUGAAGUCAAAGUGUGAGCUGCUCGAGUGGUUGUCUCUCCCUGCACCGGCCUAUCUGGAGGAUGAGAGCCCACCUCCCAGCCUGGCUGCCUUCUGCCCGGGGGACCCCAGUCUGCUGGUCUACACUGGUUACGGAGUAGAGAAAGAGAUGUGCUUCUACAGUCUCGUGAAGAAACGGAUUAUCAAAAAGAUUGCACUUCCUCACUGGGUCACAUGCUUCAGCCUCUCUCCUCAGAGUGAGCUCAUAGCUGUCGGCUCAAAAGAACGAGUCCUGAAGUUGAUCAAGGGGAGCAGUGGCAGGUUCCAGGACUACUUGCAGCACAGUGACUAUUUGCAGUCGUGUCACUUCUCUCCCUCGGGGAAGCGUCUUUUCACUGUGGCGCAUAAUGAGAUGAUGCUGUGGGAGGUCUUGGGUCUCUAAGUUCGGAACCUCCCCUGCUUGAGAAGUUGUUGUGGUUCAAAUGUUCUUAUGACUUUUCAUGCAGACUUCCGAAAUGUAUUUUUGUAUUUAUUUCAAGAGAAUGUGAUUUUUUUUUUUUAGUUGUCAUCUGUUUUUAAAAACAACCUGUAAUUAUUUAGAGAUGUUAUCAUGAAACACAUGUACUGCCCAACCAGAGGGAAUCAUGUCAAGAAUUUAAAGAAAGUCAUUUUGUCAUAUUCAACUUCAAAUUUUACUCUUUUCUCUAUGUACUAUUAUGUAGU